AAGUCGGCUAGUGGGAACUUUUUGUGAAACAGUUCUUUAUUGUUGUCCUCUCCGACUGACAGUGACUGCCGGGUUGACUUUUUUGUGUCCUGGCACUCAACUAACUAUCACUGUGGGUUUCUAUUACACAAUUCGCCACAGAAGGAAUGACCCUUUGCCCACUUAACGGAUACAAUUGUUUUCCAAGAUGAGAUCGAUAGCGCAGUGGUUGGUUGUGUCACCUUCUCACUCAUUUGUUUUCAGACCUGAUCAUCAAGGGCCUUUGCCGGGCCAUUGUUGGCAGUAGGAUGUCGUUCUGACUCGAUUCUGGCUCCCGCCACACCACCAUGUCCUCCUCUGUCCUUCCGCUCAUCGAGGGGGCCGAUCCUGCAAACUUUCCGCUCGACUCAUUCAAAGUCGCCAUCGCAGUCCUUCUUUCCAAAGCCCUUGAUCUUUCCCUCGACACUGCUUUUUCUGGUGUUGAUUUCGGCAGAAAAGGCGUGGACUUCACAGUUGCAGUUCCGCGAUUUCGACUCAAGAGCAAGAUUCCAGAACUGAUCGAAAAGGUUACGAGCACGGUAUAUUCUUUCACCCCAAACCACUAUCUCGAGCAAUGUGUGGGGGAAUCACCUUUUGUCCACUUUUAUGUGCGCACCACCACCCUUUUCAAGCUCGUUCUUGAGCGUAUUCACCAAUCACCUGCAUCAAACGGAGUACCAUUCGGUUCGAACUGGCAAGGAGCUGGAAAGAAGGUCGUCAUUGAAUUCAGUAGUCCCAAUAUCGCCAAGCCGUUCCACGCAGGGCAUCUUCGCAGCACAAUCAUCGGCACUGUGCUGUCUAAUCUUUUUGAGGCGAACGGGUGGGACGUUAUCAGAAUGAACUACCUAGGUGAUUGGGGGAAACAAUUCGGACUUCUUGCUGUCGGGUUUAAGCGCUACGGAUCAGAAGAAUCACUGGCCAACAAUGCCAUCAUGCACCUCUUCGACGUCUAUGUCAAAGUGAACCGUGAUGCUGCGCUGGAGAAAGAACGCGGUGAGCCUGAAAUCACCGACCAAAAAGCGCGUGAGGUAUUUCGGAAAAUGGAGAGCGGUGACGAAUCGACUCUUUCUCUUUGGCGCCGGUUUCGCGAACUCUCCAUCCACAAGUACGCCGAAGUAUACAAUCGACUGAAUGUGCGUUUCGAUGUCUACGCUGGGGAGUCGCUGGUUCGCUCCGAUCACAUCAAGGCUGCCAUGGCAGCUUUGGAGGCGAACAAUCUUCUCACCGACAAGACUUCGAAGGAAAGCAACAAUAACUGGAAGGAGAAGAAGGUUGCGAUGAGCCUAGGGACCCUGCGUACGGCUGAGGAGGAGGAUGCUGAAGCCAAUCCAAGUGGGCGAGGUGUUGCUAAGGCCGUGGAUUUGAACCAAUGGAAGCUGGGAAAGCCUGUUGUGCAGAAACCCGACGGUACCACCAUCUAUAUCAUGCGAGACAUCGCGGGUGUCUUUCAGCGUUAUGAACAGUAUAAGUUCGACAAGCACAUUUACGUCGUCGGCGAUCAGCAAGAGCUUCACGUUGCCCAAUUCUUCAAGAUUGUCUCGCUCUUAAACGCUCCCUUUGCCGAUCGUCUUGAGCACGUCAGCUUCGGUCGCGUCAAUGGGAUGAGCACGAGGAAGGGCGAUGUCAAGUUCCUUGAUGAGAUCCUUGACACAGCGAAGGAGGCUAUGCUGGCGCAGAUGCAACAGAAAGAGGAAAAGUUCAAGGACAUAGAGGAUCCUGAUUAUACGGCGGAUCAGAUUGGCAUGACGUGCGUUAAGGUUCAAGACAUGCAAGCUAAAAGGGUGCACUCCUAUAACUUCGACCCCCAGCGCAUGACAUCGUUCGAAGGCGACACCGGAGCAUAUCUGCAAUAUGCACAUGUUCGACUGUGCUCCAUUGAGCGAAAGGUCGCCCCGACCGUUGUCGUACCAUCCGAUCCAUCCCAGAUCAAUUUCGAUCUUCUCGCUGAGCCGAAAGCUCGAGAGAUCGUCUUUAUUCUUGGGACGUACCCUGACGUUGUGCGGACCGCUCUAAAGACAUAUGAGCCCAGUAACAUAGUCUCAUUCUGUUUCAGACUGAGCCACAUCAUCAGUUCUGCUUGGGAGACGUUGAUCGUUAUGGGCCAAGAGCAUGAGCUUGCGCAAGCCCGCCUCUUCCUUUACAUGAGCGCUCGGGACGUAUUGGGCAGUGCAAUGAGACUCUUGUCCCUCUCUCCUCUCACUCGUAUGUGAUUACGGAGUCAUAAUACCCGUGGUUAUUGUUGUCUUGCUUUUGUUUCCUGCUGUCGACAUGUCAUGCAUUCUGUCUAAAACCAUGUUAUCUUGAUACCGUGUCCUCCAUCGUCCUCGCAUAUCCCAAGUUAAGGAGUUCUUCGUAACAGUUAACUUGGUUGAACAUGAGUAGCACUGUUGAUGAUCGAUGACUGUGGCUGUCACCGUUGUCUCCACUCAUGAGGAUGACGUAGAUCUGGUAAUCAUUUCUCUCACGUAGGAAUGACAUCUGGCCCACUUGAUGGAUACAAU